AUGUCGCUGUUAAACACGAUCAAUGAUUCUCUGCCUGUGUGUGUCACAGAAGAUGAUGUGAAAAAUAUGCCAGAAUUUGCCAACUUGUUGCUUGCCUUGUCGAAACACAUCAAUCCCAGUGGCAUAAGUACCAAUGUCCAGAAAGAAAUCAAUGAGGCAGAAGAUUUGCUUUGGCGGGAAAAACGUGAGUGGCUUCAACAAAAGAUUUUACUUACUGAAGCUCGUCAACUUCUUAUUGAAUGGGAGAUGAAAGCUCUUGAUGGAGAUUUGAGUGAAUCAGAUCAGCAGUUUUAUGAAGAGUUCAGUAAAUGUGUAACCAUUGGUGAAAUUCUGCCUUACCUGUCACCAAGUACAGAAACGGACGUGUCACUGCUUGGACUCACAUCUGAAGAUUUGCAAAGACGCCACAAGUUUGACUCUCUGGCUCCCCGCAUUCGAACUGAACUUGAAAACUGGAUGAAAAAGAAUGAAGUUGUCAUUUUUUCUUUUCUUUUCAUUUUUUUUUUUUUUUCAUUUCUUUGCGUCUUUACUUUUUCUUUCCUUUUUUUCCUUCUAUUUUAUUUUAUUUUUUUCUUUUCCUUCUAUUUUUUUUUUUUUCUUUCUUUUUUUCCUCCUUUUUUUUCUUUUUUUCUUUUUCCCUUUUUUUCUUUCUUUCCCUCCCUCCCUUUUUCUUUCUUUUCCUCCCUUUUUUUUCUUUUUUCUUUUCCCUUUUUUUUUUUUUUUUCUUUUUUUCCUUUUUCUUUCUUUUUCCCUCCUUUUUUUUCUUUUUUCCUUUUCCUUUUUUUCUUUUUUUCUUUUUUUUUUCCUUUUUUUUUUCUUUCUUUCUUUCCCUCCCUUUUUCUUUCUUUCUUUUUCCUUCCUUUUUCUUUCUUUUUUUCCCUUUUUUUUUUUUUUUUCCUUUUUCUUUCUUUCUUUCCUUUUCCUUUUUCUUUCUUUCUUUUUUCCUCCUUUUUUUCUUUCUUUCUUUCCCUCCUCUUUUUUCUUUCUUUUUUCCCUCCCUCCCUUUUUUUCUUUCUUUUCCUUUUCCUUUUCUUUCUUUCUUUUCCCUCCUUUUCUUUCUUUUUUCCCUUUUUUUUCUUUCUUUCCCUCUUUCCCUUUUUCUUUUCUUUCUUUCUUUUCCCUUAUUUUUUUUUUUUUUCUUUUUUUCUUUUUUUUUUUUUUUCUUUCUUUCUUUCCCUCCCUUUUUUUUUUUUUCUUUUCUCUUUUCCUUUCUUUCCUUUUUUUUUUUUUUUUUUUCCCUUUUCUUUUUUUUCUUUCUUUUUUUUUUCCUUUUCUUUCUUUUUUCCUCCCUUCCUUUUCUUUCUUUCUUUCCCUUUUCCCUUUUUCUUUUUUCUUUCCUCCCUCCUUUUUUCUUUCCUUUUUUUUUUUCUUUCUUUCUUUCCCUCCCUCCCUUUUUCUUUCUUUCUUUCCCUCCCUCCCUUUUUCUUUCUUUCUUUUUUUCUUUCCUUUUUUUCUUUCUUUUCCUCCUUUUCUUUCUUUUUUCCUUUCUCCUUUUUCUUCUUUCCUUUCCUUUUCUUUUCUUUUUUUUUUUCUUUCUUUUCCUCCUCUUUCCCCUUUCUUUCUUUUUCUUUUCCCUUUCCCUUUUUUUUUUCUUUUUUCCUCCUUUUUUUCUUUCUUUUUUUUUUCUUUUUUCUUUCUUUUUUUUUUUUUUUUUUUUCUUUUUUUUUUUUUUCUUUUUUUUCUUUCUUUCCCUUUCUUUUUUUUUUCUUUUCUUUCUUUUUUUUUUUUUCUUUUUUUUUUUUUUCUUUUUUCCCUCCCUUUCCUUUUUUCUUCCCUCCCUCCUUUUUUUUUUUCUUUUCUUCCCUUUUUUUCUUUCUUUCUUUUUUCCUUUUUUUUUUCUUUUUCUUUCUCCCUUUUUUUCUUUCUUUCUUUUUUUCUUUUUUUCUUUCUUUCUUUUCCUCCUUUCUUUUUUUUUCCUUUUUUUUUCUUUCUUUUUUUUCCUUUUUUCUUUCUUUCUUUUUCCUCCCUUUUCUUUUUGAAAAUUUUCUCCUUUUCUUUCUUUCUUUCUUUCUUUCUUUUUUUUUCUUUUUUUCCCUCCCUUUUUCUUUCUUUCUUUUUUCUUUUUUUCUUUCUUUCCCUUUUCCCUCCUUUUUCUUUCUUUCUUUCUUUCCCCUUUUUUCUUUCUUUUUUCUUUUUUUUUUUUUUUUUCCCCCUUUCUUUUCUUUCUUUCUUUUAUUUUUUUCCUUUUUUUCUUUUUUUUUUUUUCUUUCUUUCUUUUCCUAUUUUUUCCUUUUCUUUCUUUCUUCUCCCUUCCUUUCUUUUUUUUCCCUUUUCUUUUUUCUUUCUUUUUUCCUUUUUUUUCUUUUUUUCUUUCUUUUUUCUUUUUUUUUCUUUCUUUUCCUUCCCUUUUUCUUUUUUCUUUUUUUUUUCUUUUCUUUCCCUCCCCUUUUUUUUUUCUUUCCUCCCUCCUCCUUUUUUUUUUCUUUCUUUUUUCCCUUUUUUUUUUUUCUUUCUUUCUUUUUCCCUCCUUUUUUCUUUCCCUUUUUUUCUUUCUUUCCUUUCCCUCCAAUUUUCUUUUUUCUUUCCUCCCUUUUUUUUUUUUUUCUUUCCUCCUUUUCUUUUUUUUUUUCUUUCCCUCCUCCUUUUCUUUCCCUUUUCCUCCCUUUUUUCUUUCUUUCCUCCCUUUUUCUUUCUUUCUUCCCCUCAUUGCCUUUCUCUUUCUUUCUUUCUUUCCCUCCCUCCCUUUUUCUUUCUUUCCCUCCCUUUUCUUAUGUUGAAAACAUUAAUAACGAAAAUCUGAAUCAUGCCAAAGCAUGCCAGUUACCUGCCCUUGUUGAGACACAUUUCCAGCAGGUGGAGCAAGAAGAGUUACAACUGGAGCAGGCCAAAAAACAGUGCAAACUUUUAAAACAGGAAAGCCACCAGAAUCUGAAACAAUGUUUGGCACUCUUGGAGAAAAUCUGUGAAAAAAAACUCAAGCUACAGGAAGAUGUCAAGAACAUUUCUUGUCCUUAUCUUGAAGCCUACAACAAAACACUACAUUCAAAGUUGGUUUUAUGUAACACUGAUAUUUUAUGCGACACAUAUACAGAGGAAACUAUUCCUACCCUUCAAGCCAUAAGGAAGCACUUGGACGACCAACAUCAAAAAAAAAAUAUUUAUAAAGAGUACAUAUAA